AUGCCUGGCACUCAAAGUAGCUGUCCAGUGGAAGUGCCGAUAAUCUCGGAGCCGACUCCUUCGGCAGACGCGACGAAAUCAACGGCAUCAUGUCCUAUGAAGUCGUGGCCGCGCGCCAUCCAGCAUAUCGACCGGAAGGACUUGUAUACCAACCUGGAAGACAGAAUACACUACCUGCACACUUUCCUGGACUUCAGUUCCAAUGACAUUGAAGCGCUCAUCAGCGGAUCCAAAUAUAUCAAAGCAUUAAUACCGGCGGUCGUCAAUAUCGUAUACCGCAAGCUUCUUCAAUAUGACAUCACGGCAAGAGCCUUCCAGACGCGAAGUACAAGUUUUGAAGGCCCUCUAGACGAGUUCCCCAGCGAGGAUAGUCCACAGAUCAUGCAUCGAAAAAUGUUUCUGCGGGGAUAUCUGGUCAAAUUGUGUUCGGACCCGAGUAAGAUGGAGUUUUGGGAGUAUCUGGAUAAAGUUGGUAUGAUGCACGUCGGUCAAGGACGGGAACAUCCACUGCAUGUCGAAUACAUCCAUAUAGGAGCCUGUCUCUCGUUCAUCCAAGAUACCUUCACCGAGGCCAUAUUGUCUCACCCUCGAAUGCAACUGCACCGAAAGAUAGCCCUGGUCAAGGCUUUGGGAAAGGUGAUAUGGAUCCAGAAUGAUCUUUUUGCCAAAUGGUAUGUGAGAGAUGGUGCAGAGUAUGCCGGUGAGACUGCACCAGCCAAGAUUGAACAGGAAGGAUAUUUGCAUGGAAAGAAGAUUUUCAAUGAGUCAGAUGAUUCUUCUGUAGGAUCUAGUGAUUAG